UUAUCAACAACAAUAUAUUCCAUAUUAUUGAUAUAAUUAUAUCUAAUAUGAGAGAUAGAGAUGGCGUUCUUGAAAGAAAAAGGAGAAGAAUAUCAUCAUCUUCUUGGUUGCAAUCCCGCCAAGAAAAAGAGGUCUUUUCCUACCAGGAUGCGGCCCCGAUGUGACAUCAAAGAUGGGUUUUUGAGACCCGUCUUUCCCAUCCAUCAGCCGCAGCAAACAAUGACUCGAUUCGACUGGCUCUUGCACGCUGCUGAGAUUGCCCUGCAAGAAUUUGAGAACGAGAAGAAGAAAAAGAAGAGUGAAAUCGCUCUUGAAAUUCAUCCGGAUGCAUCCAAGGAGCUGAAUGAGAAUAAGAGAAAGAGAAAGGCUUCUUCUUCUGCAAGUCACCCUCAUCCGUUGAACUACGUCAACAAGAACAAGAGGAGGAAGGUGACUAAUAACAGUGCUUCUUGUUCCGCAGCGGUGGAGCUGCCACCAGAGUUCAAGCAUAAAGUGAGGGAGAUGAAAGGGAAGGCGGAGGAGGUUCUCGUCAUCCAAAAGAAGCUCUUCCAGUCUGACAUUGACCCAAACAAUGGCAGAUUCUCUAUUCCAUCAAAACAGGUGGCCAACGACUUUUUGACACCUCAAGAGAAGCAAACUCUCCACUCUGGAGCAAAGAUUGAAAAUGUUCAGUUUAUAGAACCCAACUGCACCUCUGUCUGCCCUAUGACCCUGUCCAAAUGGGAUAUGUCCGCCAACUGCAUUUACAAUUUGAUCACCAAUUGGAACGCUGUCAGGGAUCGGAAUAGGUUGGUCGAAGGCGACCUCGUCCAGCUUUGGGCCUUCAGGGCUCAACCCUCCCAAGAGCUCUGCCUUGCCAUGGUUCAUCUUCCAACACAAUCACUGAUUUGAUGAUUGGAGUCUGGUCAAUAUUUAGGAAUUUUGUAGAUUCCACUACUACUGAAAACUAGCUAGCAGUUUAAAUUGAGUUCAAGUAGAGGAGAAAUUCAGUACACUAUGUGAUUAUUCUUAACACUACAUUCAUAUCAUCUUGUAUGAUGAAUACCCUCGUUACUAUUCAUUUAU